ACCCAAUGCUAAUAAUUUACGUUCAAAUAAAUGGUCACACUGAAAACUAACCUAAAAUUAUCAUCCGUUCGUAUCGUCGUCAAACCUAAACAGUACGUUUGUACUCCACUAUUUCCAUUUAUGUGUUAGUUCUUUUUGUACUCCCGUCUUUUUUUCGAACCCAACCAUGGGUAGGUACGCUAAAGAACCGAAAAAUCCAACCAAGUCCUGUAAGGCAAGGGGCUCCAACUUAAGAGUUCACUUCAAGAACACGAGAGAGACAGCUAAGACUAUCAAGAAGAUGCCUCUCCGUCGUGCCGUACAAUACUUGAAGAAUGUUAAGGACAAGAAAGAAUGUGUACCUUUCAGGAGGUUCAAUGGCGGUGUUGGUCGUUGUGCUCAAGCCAAACAGUGGGGCAUGACUCAGGGUCGCUGGCCAGAGAAGUCUGCGGAGUUCUUGUUACAGCUCUUGAGAAAUGCUGAAUCUAAUGCAGAUAUUAAAGGUUUGGAUGUAGAUCGUCUGUUUGUUGAACACAUUCAAAUAAACCGUGCUCCUUGUCUGAGGAGACGUACUUACAGAGCCCACGGUCGUAUUAACCCGUACAUGAGCUCACCUUGUCACAUUGAAGUUAUUCUUGCUGAAAAGCAGAAGUUUGUUGCUAAAGUUCCCAAGGAUGAGGCUGAGAAGAAGAAAGUAUCCAAAAAGAAGUUAGCAAGACAAAAGGAAAAGUUGAUGCAUGAAUAGUUUGGUGUAAUGAAUGACAAAUAUAAAACAUUGAAAAUA